AUGUAAUAAUAGAAUGAUAAUGUCGAAGGCUAUGAUUAGCUAUAAGAAAUAGCAAAGACUAUUUUCCCAGGGUGGAAUUCGAAAUAUUAUCGUGAUUUUGCUAAAUAGGUUCAAUUUGUCGAAUUCGAAGGAGCAAAUAGGAUUCCAUAUUAUUUCCUAGAAAAUGAAGAUAAAUCUACUAAUAAUUAUAUAAUUUACUUCCAUGGAAAUGGUGAAAAUAUAGAGAAUUCAUUAAAUAUGUUGUAAAGAUUUACAGAUUAUCUUAAAACUCAUUUUAUUCUUGUUGAAUAUCCAGGUUAUGGAAAUUACUAAAGUACAAUUGUUACUACUGCUGAGUAAAUAGAGAAGGAUGCUUUGGUAGUGUUUGAUUAUAUAAAAUAAAAAUUUGCAGUGAAUGAUAAUCAAAUUUACGUAUUUGGGAGAUCUAUUGGGACUGGUCCUGCAUUUUAUUUAGGAGCUAACAGAAAUUGUGCAGGCUUAAUAAUUUUGUCUGCUUAUAUAACUCUAUAUAAGUUGGUUAAUGACAUUGUUCCAAAAAGAGCGCACUACUUAUUAAACGAAAAUCAUAUCAAUAAUGAAGAGAAUAGUCAAAAAAUCAAAUGCAAAUGCUUAUUUAUUCAUGGACAAAAAGAUAACCUUACAUUCCUAAAACCAAUUUAAGAUUUGUACAAUAAUCUCCCUGCCCACAUUAAAGAAUAAUCGUAUUUGUCAAUACAAGAAAAUAUGAGUCAUAACAAUUUUUUAAUCAAAGAGCAUAUAAUUGACCCAAUACUAAACUUUUAUACAGAGUUAAAGAUUACAAAAGAUGAAUAGAAUAAGGAAAAAGAUUAAACAUUACAAAAUGAUUGA